AUGGGUCCAGUUCGGCUCUCGGCGCUCCCUGCGCUAUUGUUUGUAGCUUUCGCAUCGGUCGUUCUGGUUGGCGCAGAGGAUUUUCUCGGGUUACCGACAUCGAAGUACGAGCACGAAUGGGCCAAGUACCGGCAACCUGACGGGCUACUGUCGCUCGACUACCUGAAGGAAGGCGGCGAUGGCGACAAGAUCAGAGGAAGGAAGGCCAUGGAGAACCUUUUUGAAGUCGUCUUCUGCUCCGCUCUCCCGUCGAAGCAAGUGCUCCCGAACAACCUCUUCCAGAACGGCGAGUUUUCUGAAGGCAUCAACCCGUGGCAAGGCUUCGGCUGGUCGUCCGUGUACGCGGUAAAGGACACCCGCUUAAAUUACGGUGUCUGCACAAAUCGCUCCGAAGCCUACUCCGGGCCGAUGCAAAGCGUGUCCAACCUGCCGGCCGCGUCGUACGAGAUGAUCGUCUGGGUCCGGCUGAACUCCGGCGACCGGCAGUAUGUGAACGCGAACGUUAACAUUAACGGCCAGUAUGUCUGCAUCGGCGGCGCGAUCGCAAAGUCUAAUUGCUGGACGAAACUCAUGGGCGGAUUCACGCUACACGACCCGCUGGAUAAAGCCAGUAUUUAUAUCCAGGGCGCGAGUCCCGGGACCGAGAUCUGGAUCGCGCAGGCUUCGUUGCGAAAGGUUGACAAGGACGAAUGGCUGGCGCAGCAGAAGGCGAGCAUCGAGAAGCAUCGCAUGCGCGACGUGUCGUUGACGGUGACGGGAAAUAACGGGCAGCCUGUGGACGUGGUGAUUAACCAGAUUCAGUCGGAUUUUCCGUUUGGCGGGAACGUGAACGGCGCGAUCCUUUACGACACCAACUACCAGAAGUGGUUCAAAGAUCGCUUCAACUGGGCUGUGUUCAAUAACGAGGGCAAAUGGUACUUUAACGAGGGGUAUCGGCAGGGUGAAGAGAACUACACCGUAACAGACGCGAUGACCAACUGGUUCCGUGCGCGAAACAUCAACGUUCGCGCGCACAACCUGUUCUGGGCAGUCGAGAAUUUCGUGCAGUCGUGGGUAAAGGACCUCAACGACGAGGAUCUGUGGGCGGCGAUGCAGCGAAGACUGAACCAUGCGGUAACCCGUUACAAGGGGCAGGUGCAGCACUGGGACGUACUCAACGAGCCGCUUCACGGCAACUACUUCGCGGACCGUCUCGGGCCGCAGGUGCACGAGUGGAUGUACAAGGCUACUGCAGCGAUCGACAACAAAGCGCAGCUGUUUAUUAAUGAUUAUAAUACCGUCGAGGAGUGCGACGGCGUGUCGCAUCCCGAGUAUUACCUCGCGAAGGUUUGGCAGAUGACGACACGUGGCGCGCCGGUGACUGGGAUCGGCGUCGAGUCGCACUACAGCAAGGAACCCCAGCCGGCUCGUCUCCGCCACGAUCUGAACCAGCUGGCCGUCGCAGGCAUUCCCAUCUGGCUGACGGAGCUCGAUUUCAACAAGGUGCCUGACGACGCGAUCCGCGCGGACUAUUUCGAGUCGGUCAUGCGCGAGGCGUUCGCGCACCCCGCGGUGCACGGCAUCGUGAACUGGUCCGCGGGGCGCGCCUCGUGCGACAAGUACAAGGACGUGGAUCCCGGCAUGUGCAAGCCGUGCGAGGCGUGCUUCUCGGACUUUAACUACGUCGAUAACGAGCUGGGGAAGAGGUAUGUGCGUCUGCGCAAGGAAUGGAGCACACACCUCAACGCCAAGAUCUCCCCCGGGCAGCCGCUCGCGUUCAAGGGCUUCCACGGCACCUACCGCGCCCGCUUCCAGCACCCUCCUCCGCACCACACGGGCCAGCCACCGUACCCUAAUCCCCCUUACCCGCAAGGCCCGCCUUAUCCGCAAGGCCCGCCGUACCCCCAAGGCCCGCCGUACCCCCAAGGCCCGCCGUAUCCGCAAGGCCCGCUAUACUCCCACGGACCGCCUCCUUUCCCGCCCUAUGCCAACGGCCCUCCCCCCGCCGGAGCCGGGUUUUACGGGCCUAGUUACCCACCUUCCGCUGGCCCGGGCCCUCCGCCGUACGCCCGCGCGGCGCGCGGUGGGGAAGAUGGGUACGGAUCGGACGGGUCGUUUCACGGUUACACGUCGGACGAGCCGCCGUAUCGCCGCGGCGCGGGCUGGGCCACUGCUACUGGCAUCUGCUGCUCUCCUUGUGAGACGCUUCAACAUCUUCCCCUCUCUCUUUUCCUCGUGACCUCCUGCCUUCAUCCCCCUCCACCCUCCCCUGCAGACCGCUCAGAUGUAGCUAUCUACAGCGAGCCACCAGCACCAGCAUCAGCGCUCUCGUCCCUCCUCCCCACACGCUCCCACUCGCAAUCACAUGUCACUGCUCACACUUCUAAACACACCGGGAUGCCAGCUCGCACACCCGCCCAGACACACUCGUCUCUUGCACACUCCAGUCCAAGCAACGCCACCCAAGCGCAGAACAGACAAGGCUACAGCUUGCAGCAUUGGGGCGGCAAGGGGGGCCAGCAGUUUAAGUACGAGCUGGCGUUCUGCUCCUUCCCCAUGUACCGCGAUCUCAACCCCUCCACGCUGCAAGUGUGGCUGCAGGUGCGUUCUGCUCUCUCUUCUAGCUGCUCUCCCUCCCUCCUCCCUCCCUUCUGCUCCUUUCCGAUGUACCGCGAUCUCAACCCCUCCAUGCUGCACGUGUGGCUGCAGAUGCGUUCUGCUCUCUCUUCUAGCUGCUCUCCCUCCCUCCUCCCUCCCUUCUGCUCCUUUCCGAUGUACCGCGAUCUCAACCCCUCCACGCUGCACGUGUGGCUGCAGGUGCGUUCUGCUCUCUCUUCUAGCUGCUCUCCCUCCUCCCCUCUCUUCCUCCCUUGUGCUCCUUCCCCAUGUGUGCUCUAUCUCCCUUGUGCUCUAUCUCCCUUGUGCUCCUUCCCCUUGUACCAUGAUCUUAACCCUGCCACACUAGAUGUGUGCCUGCAAGUGCGUGGGCAGGGGGUGGGGGCAGGGGGCAGGAGGAGGGGGCGGGGGGCAGGGGGCAGGGGGUGGGGGCAGGGGGCAGGAGGAGGGGCGGGGGGCAGGGGGCAGGGGGAGGGGGCGGGGGGCAGGGGGCAGGGAGAGGGUGCGGGGGGCAGGGGGCAGGGGGAGGGGGCGGGGGGCAGGGGGAGGGGGCGGGGGGCAGGGGGAGGGGGCGCGGGGCAGGGGGAGGGGGGCGGGGGUUUGAGUGGCCUGUCACUGUCUCAAGGCCGACUAUUCGUGGUGGCCUAUCACUACCUCAGAGUGGACUACUUUGUGCUCAGUGACGGGGGCUCGGUGGAUGACACCAUUAUGAAGGUCCUAUCCCCUUUUGUGGAUGCCAACAUAAUGGAAAUAGUCGACAUUCGGGGUGCAUACGCAUUCGAAAACAAACAGAACGUGCUAACCCUAAAUGACUGCAUGUACCGUCUCCGCUCCGCCGCCCGCUGGGUACUGUUCAUGGACUUUGACGAGCUACUGUACAUCGCCCCGCCGGCCGCCCCGCUGCCCGAGCCAGAAGCAGACGAAGAGGGCGAGUACACGCCGUCCGGGCGCAAGCGGAGAAAAAAACGAAAAAGGCACACCAAGCCGAAACCGGUGGACGUAGCUGGCGGGUCCCUGCACAACCUCCUUAUGCAGCAUAACGGAUCGGCUUUUAUCACGUUCGGGAGUGUGUGGUGGUCUGUGGAGUACUGUAGACCUUCCACUCCCGCGCUCACGCUCCCGAUUCAGCGCAUGCGGUUUCACUGGCCGCAUGUGUACUGCGUGGGAGAGAAGGACAUGGGGUACUCGCCAGACCACUGCCUCAACUUCUACGGCCAUCGCAAGUUCCUGGUUGACCCACGACAAGUGUGGGCCGUGCAGGUGCAUCGCCCCAUAGAGCCGCUGGAGGGCGGCGUGCAUUUGACCCCUGAUGUGGCCUACCUCAACCACUUUCAGGGACUCCUGCGUGCAAACUUCACAUUGUGUUCUCAAGAGGUGCUUCCAGGAAAGGAGCCUGACUGGUGGACAGAAGACGGCUAUUUGGCUGAAUUAGUGGGCAUCAUGAUGAAGAAAGGGCCCCCUAAGAAACGCCAGAGUUUGUCCUUUUGA